GGCGCGCGCAGUCUCCGAUCCUAAUUUCUUCGCUCAGCGGAAGAAGGCCGGCCUUUUUCCGUUCUCAGCGCAGACAUGGCUCGUGGUCCUAAGAAGCAUCUGAAGCGGGUAGCAGCUCCAAAACAUUGGAUGCUGGAUAAGUUGACUGGUGUUUUUGCUCCUCGUCCAUCCACUGGUCCCCACAAGCUGAGAGAAUGUCUGCCUCUUAUCAUUUUCCUAAGGAACAGACUUAAGUAUGCCCUGACUGGCGAUGAAGUAAAGAAGAUUUGCAUGCAGCGCUUCAUUAAGAUUGAUGGCAAAGUCCGAACUGAUAUAACUUACCCAGCUGGUUUUAUGGAUGUUAUCAGCAUUGACAAGACUGAAGAGAAUUUCCGUCUGAUCUAUGACACCAAGGGUCGCUUUGCUAUUCACCGCAUUACACCAGAGGAGGCCAAGUAUAAGUUAUGCAAAGUAAGAAAGAUCUUUGUGGGCACAAAAGGAAUCCCACAUCUGGUGACCCAUGAUGCUCGCACCAUUCGCUACCCUGAUCCCCUCAUCAAGGUGAAUGACACCAUCCAGAUCGAUUUGGAUACUGGCAAGAUUACCGAUUUUAUCAAGUUUGACACUGGUAACCUGUGUAUGGUGACUGGAGGUGCCAACUUGGGAAGGAUUGGUGUGAUCACCAACAGGGAGAGACAUCCUGGCUCUUUUGAUGUGGUUCAUGUGAAAGAUGCCAAUGGCAACAGCUUUGCCACCCGGCUCUCUAACAUUUUUGUUAUUGGCAAAGGUAACAAACCAUGGAUUUCUCUUCCCCGAGGAAAGGGAAUCCGUCUCACCAUUGCCGAAGAGAGAGACAAGAGGCUGGCAGCCAAACAGAGCAGUGGGUGAAAUGGUCUCUAGGUGAUAGGAGGGAAGUCAUCUGUACUCAAA